UAUCCAGCACGACACUACCACCUCCAGCCCCACCACAGCACAGCGCAGUAUCUCCAGAUACGGUAUACAUGACUUACACUUGUUCCUAUUUACAAAUGAUAUGACAAGACUGAGCGGGGAGUGAAGUCCGCACGGGUAUACUGUGUGCGCUAGUUCUGUCCCUGCACCGAUGCACCGCUGGGUGGCUAUCGGCAAAGGCGCGUGGGCUGGUCGCGUAUCAUUUCUCUCCCCAACCCUUGCCAAUGGUUCUCCUCAUGCUUAGCAUGAUAGUGCCAUGCCCUCCCAGAGAUCACAAUGUGUUCUUCCUUCCUUCCUGACCCUUCAGAUUGCCCACUAUGGCUUUUGUCUCCCCUCGAGUCUGCGCUUCACUGCGCAUUGCAAGGACCCAACUCCGCACACCAUGUACAGCCAAAGCAGCUCCCCGCCUAGGAUUGCGGAGCUUCUCCGCAACGACGUCAUGGCAGUUACGCACAACAGAGAUGAAUGAGGAGCAACUUGGGAGCUUAAAGGUUGACCAGAGCAGGCUGAUGGGGGACAUCCAUCAUUCAUGCCAGUGGGGUAUCGGCCAGCGAUGGGGAGAUAAACCCACUGAGACGGGCAUGUCUCGACUUGCGCUCUCCGAUUCCGACAAAACCGUACGAGACUGGUUCGUCCAGACCACCGAGUCACUGGGUUGCACGACCACCAUUGAUUCCAUGGGCAACAUCUUUGCAGUCCGACCUGGCCUUCGGAACGAUAAGCCUCCGACGUUCGCGGGUUCCCAUCUAGACACACAACCUACUGGAGGAAGAUACGAUGGCAUUCUGGGUGUUACGGCCGGCAUAGAAAUGCUGAAAGUGCUGCAGGACAAUUGGGUGGAGACAGAAUACCCCGUGGGUGUGGUGAAUUGGACCAAUGAAGAAGGAGCUCGAUUCCCCAUGUCGAUGUCGUCCUCUGGCGUCUGGGCAGGUUCAAUCCCAUUAGAAUCCGCACACAACCUGCGCGAAGUUGGUGGAGGGACAGCAACUAUGGCCUCCGAAUUGGCUAGGAUAGGUUACCUUGGCCAGACACCUGCCUCGCACGAAUCAAUUCCCAUGGGCGCUCACUUCGAGCUUCACAUCGAGCAAGGUCCUUUGCUAGAAAUGGCAAACAAGAAGGUCGGGGUCGUCAAGGGCGUCCAGGCAUACAAAUGGUACACCGUCACCGUGAAAGGCCGAGACUGCCACACCGGAACCACUGACCUCAAGAGCCGCGCAGACGCUCUACUCACCGCCUCCAAGAUGAUCCUGCAUUCGCACCGUCUUGCAACUACCAACAACGCCCUCGCCAGCACCGGGAUUCUGACCCUCAAGCCAGGAAGCACCAACACGGUCCCUGGGGAAGUCUCUUUCAGCCUCGACAUCCGCGCGCCUUCUGACGAGACCGUCGCCCGCAUGGAACAGCUGAUCAACACCGACUUCCCCGCCAUUGCCGCUGGCGAAGACGUGCUGAACUCCAACGAGGGCAUGACCAAAGGUCUUCCUUGCACCGUGGAGAUAACCCGCGACUUCUCCUCGCCCGCAACCUUGUUCCACGAGGACUGCAUAUCGUCCGUCACGCAGGCCGCAAUGUCCGUUCUGGGCCCGGACUCGAAGAACCAGAUCAUGGAGAUGACGAGCGGCGCUGGACACGACAGUGUCUACGCGUCGAAGAGGUGUCCAACGAGCAUGAUCUUCGUGCCCUGCAGAGAGGGCGUCAGCCACAAUCCGGCCGAGUUCUGCAAGGAGGAGGAUUGUGCGAUUGGUGCGCAGGUCCUGCUGCAGAGCGUGCUGAGGUACGAUCGUUUGAGGGCUGAGGCUUGAUGGCAAUGGUGAUGAUGCUGGGAAGGAGGUGGGCUUCGUGAAUGCUAGAGACGUUGUUGAGUUCUCACUUCACUCUCCCCAGUUGGUACUAAAGGUCCUGAUAUACCCCUUGGCUUUUGAUUAACGCAACGAUGAUCGAAGAGGUAUGAUCGGAGUAAAUAUAGCGAGUAAUUGAUCUUCAUUGCCAACUUACGGC